GAGAGAGAGAUAUAGAGUUGGGCUGAGUUGUUGAAGUCCAAGUUAUAUAAACACAAAAACAGGAGGGGCCUUUCACCUUGUAGUUGCAGUCUCUCUUACUUAUGACAGUCAAACUUACAGAGGGAUAGAGAGAGAUAGUAGCAAUCCAUAGCUAAUCUUUUUUUCUUUUCUUUUUUUUUGAGAGAGAGAGGGAGGGGGGGUCAGUCUGCUGCUGUGUUACUGUGUUUUGUGUGUGUUUGUGUGGUGGGGUGGAUAUAAAAGAUAGAAGCAUGCAGCAGCACCUGAUGCAGAUGCAGCCCAUGAUGGCAGCCUACUAUCCCAGCAACGUCACUACUGAUCACAUUCAACAGUAUCUUGAUGAGAACAAAUCGCUGAUUCUGAAAAUUGUGGAAAGCCAAAACUCUGGAAAGCUGAGUGAGUGUGCCGAGAAUCAAGCGAGGCUACAAAGAAACUUGAUGUAUCUGGCAGCCAUUGCUGAUUCACAGCCUCAGCCACCAACAAUGCAUUCUCAGUAUGCUGGCGGUGGCGGCGGGGGGAUGAUGCAGGCAGGCUACCUGCAGCAGCACCAGCACCAGCAGUCGCUCAUGCGUUCCUCCAUGCUGUACGGGUCCCAGCCGUACCCGUCGCUGCAGCAGCAGGCCCUGCACAACCAGCUCGGGAUGAGCUCUGGCGGGGGCCUGAUGCUGCAGGGUGAGCCGCACAGCGCGGGGCCCAGCUCGGGACUCGGAUUCCCGGACUUUGGGGGGAGGGGGUUGGGGAUGGGGAUGGGGAUGGGAGGCAAGCAGGAUAUGGGGAGCAACGGCGAGGGGCGGGGCGACGGAGGCGAGACACUCUACUUAAAAAGCUCGGAAGAUGGGAAUUGAGGUGAGAAGUGUGGUUUGGUCGUUUAGUUGCGAGGAAGAGUUUGCUACUAUGAACUCGUAGUCUAAUUAGCGGAACAGACUCUUUGUUAACUACUCUCUAUUUGCAUUUGGUAUGUAAUGACCGCCAUCUUUAUUUAGUAGACUCCUUAUCAUAGUACUAAUGUAAAUUUCUAGUUUUAUUC